UAUAAAUAAAGUUGUUACAGGUGAGCAAUGCUCAAUCAGUGCUAGUCAACUUGAAACCCUCUCGGUUCUACGCUGUCCUACGACACCCAGGGAAGGCUCUCGUGUGUGGUGUGAAGAUAAAAUCAUUGAGUCGUUCCCUGUGGCGGUAAAAUAUCCAACAUGAGUUCGUGGCUGCUGAAAGUUGGCGUAUUGCUGGUAAUAUCUGCUGCAACGAAUGGAAAUCGUAUUUUGUCAGUAACAAAAUUCCAGUCCGGACAAUGCACCCAGGAAGGCAUCAUCUGCAUGAAUUGUAAAACCGCGGCGCAAUGUUUAUUGGUGAACAAUGUCUGGCAUCCGCAGCCGUUCGAGGAUUGUGAUGCCGAUGCUGGGUUUUUCUGUAAUGUUAACGAGGGUGGUUGCUCUCAGCGGAUAGGAGCAUGCAAUCCGGCUGGCCAGGAGGGAAAUUUUGUGUGCAACACCAUGGGCGUAUUUCCCGAUCCAUUCGAAUGUGAAAAGUAUCACUUUUGCUACCAAAAUGGACAAAACCUGGUGUCCAUUAACAUGGUCUGCGACAACACAGCCUUCUCUCCUGCCACAGGAGACUGUUCGUUACCUUUAAGCGACAUGGUUUGUACAACCCCGCAGUGGAAUUGCUCACAGGCAGGAGAGAUGAACGCAUGGUCUGGAAACAAUAAUAUCUAUUAUCUCUGUGUAGCCGAAAUUAGAAAUGGCAUCCGCGUCCUAUAUCCUGAUCUUUUCCGCUGCAGCGCCAAUCAAGUGUUCAGCAGUGGCCGUUGUGUGGAUAGACAAACAGUCCCGUCAUUGCCAGGCGAAGACAAUUCAUAUCGAUGUGGCUCUCCCGGCUUGUUUCAGGAUGUUACUAACUGCCGAUAUUACUACUUCUGUGAUGCCAAUCUAAGCUCACAGCACCUUCAGUGCCCAUCUGGUAGCUAUUUCCAUCCUCAAACUUCCUCUUGUGUCACGGGUACUUGCUAAGGAUCUAGGACGUUAUGAGCCUGUGUGAAUAUGUACAUUCGGAUUGUUGUUUACUUUUGAAAGGAGUCAAAUAUAAGCCAACAGAUUUCAUAUGCUUCCUCUUCCCAGUCACUCAAUAAAUAUUGACUGUGAGUUAUUGUAUUCUAUUAUUAA